GAGUUAGAUCACCUAUAACUCACUAGUUGUGCAAAUAAUCACAUCAUCAGCCACACUUGAAAGCCAAAAGCAAUGGGAAAAUUGUCAUGUCUCGCAUUUUCUACGAAGCCAAACAAAACGUAUAUAACAGCGAGUAAAGGAACGCCUUUUCUGAUGGUUUUGAUGUCUGGCGUCGGUUAGGCGAGCAGCAUUGACAGCUUUCUCUCGUCCUUCUUUGCGGCGGCGUUCGGUGCCUUCUUAUAUAUCACCACCGGUCCCCACACAGGAUCCGUCCCAAAAUAUAUGACCGUUGACAUCUUUUUUCACUCUUCUGAUCAGAAUCCUCCUUUGAAACUAUCUCACGAUCACCAUUCACAGACUCUAUCAACUCCCACACAAAACUCUCUCUCUCUCUCUCUCUCUGACGUUCCAACCCAAAAGCCCAAAGAAAUGAAACCUCCAAAACCCAUCUCUCCCUUCAGGCUCUCCUCCCUCCUCCGCCUCGAAAAGGACCCCACCCUCGCUCUCCAACUCUUCCGAAACCCUAACCCUAACUCUAAUCCCAAGAAGCCCUUCCGCUACUCCCUCCUUUCCUACGACCUCAUCGUCACCAAGCUCGGCCGCGCUAAGAUGUUCGACGAAAUGGAGCAAAUCCUCCACCAACUAAAACAGGAAACCCGCUUUGCUCCCGGCGAAAUUAUCUUCUGCAAUGUCAUCUCCUUCUACGGCCGCGCCAAACUCCCCGACAAUGCUGUACAGACAUUUGAUCGAAUGCCUGGUUUCCGUUGCAAGCGGACCGUGAAGUCGAUGAAUUCACUGUUGGAUGCGCUCUCCAAAUGUGGAGAAUUUGAGAAAAUGAGGGAACUUCUUCUGGGUAUUGAUAAAUAUGGAACCCCAGAUGCGUGUACGUAUAAUAUAUUGAUUAGUUCUUGUUGUAGGAGUGGGAAUUUGGACGAUGCAUGGACUGUGUUUGAUGAAAUGCAAAGAAGGGGUGCUUCUCCAAAUUUUGUGACAUUCGGGACUUUGAUUUAUCAGCUUUGCUUGGAUUCUAGGUUGAAAGAUGCUUUUAAGUUGAAAGAGGAUAUGGUGAGAGUUUAUGGUGUUAAGCCUAAUUCGUUUGUGUAUUCAUCAUUGGUUAGAGGGCUUUGUGGGAUUGGUGAGGUGAAUUUGGCCUUUAGGCUUAAGGAGGAGAUGUUGAGAAGUAAGUUGAAAAUGGAUUCGGCGGUGUAUUCUACUUUAAUUAGUGCGCUUUUUAAGGUUGGGAGGAAGGAAGAAGCUUUUGGGGUUUUGGAGGAAAUGAAAGAGAUUGGGUGCAAGCCUGAUACUGUGACUUACAAUGCGAUUAUUAAUGGGUUUUGCAAUGAGAAGGACUUUGAAGCUGCAUUUAGAAUUUUGGAUGAGAUGGUGGAGAAGGGGCAUAAGCCGGAUGUUAUUAGUUACAAUGUAAUAAUUGGUGGGCUGUGUAAGGGAGGGAAGUGGAGUGAAGCGAGAGAUUUGUUUGAAGAUUUGCCAAGACGUGGGUGUCCUCCUGAUGUGGUGUCAUAUCGGACACUUUUUGAUGGGCUUACUAAUUUGAUGCAGUUUAAGGAAGCAGCAUUUAUUUUAGAUGAGAUGAUCUUCAAAGGUUUUGCGCCUUGUCCCGCAAGUAUAAAUAAACUUGUUGACAGGUUAUGUCACGAAGGUAAUUUAGAGUUGUUAUCGGUUGUUCUGAAUAGUCUGGGAAAAGGAAGUGUUAUUGAUGCAGAUGUAUGGAGGAUGGUGGUUUUCAUGGUGUGCAAAAAAGACGAGCUGUUAAAUUCCUCCAUUGUUGUUGACACUUUGAUGAUGCCAAAAAUUUAGAUUGUGCCGAUGAUUGGUUAGGUGUGGAUUUUUUGUUCAAUCAAAGGCAUGCUUCCCGAUUUCCUUAUAUCUUCUCGUGGAUAAAAUUUACUGGGUUUGAUCAAGAGUGAAAUGAAACAUGCUUACCAAUGUCCCUGAGCUCCUGAACGAAGGGAAUCCAAAAGGGGUCUGAUCCUUGCACAACAGGUUGUGCACCAAGCUUUUUCCAAUCCGGGGUUUGCAAUCCAAAAAGGUCAAGAUUCUGCAGAAGCUGCAACUUUUCUGAUUGCAAAAGUUAUAGGUCUCUACCACAACUACCCCUACUGUUAUUGCAAAAGUUAUAGGUCUCAAAGUUGGCCUGGACAAACAAACAAAUCUCACUGUUCAACAUGAUGGCAAAGGAAGAGUUAUUUUGUCAGGACCAAUUCCAAAAGAUUUGCAGAAACUUCCAUUCUUACUACAUAUAAAUCUUUCUUUCAAUACUUUGGAGGGUGAGGUACCAGAGGAAGGAGUUUUCCGAAAUACAAGCAAGAUGUCAGUGAUCGGAUAUAGUAUGCUUUGUGGGGGUUUCCCACAACUGCAGCUACCAGCAUGCUCCACUGAAGAAAAGAAACGCGAAAUGUCCCUUGCUUUUAAGCUAAAAUAACAAUCCCUGGUGUGGUUCUGUGUUUCUUUUUAAUGUCAUCCUUUGUUAUUCUUCAUUGGAUGCGAAAAUUGAACAAGAAAUCAUCUUCUGCACUCUCAACAAUUGACUUCUUUUCAAAGAUUUCAU